AUGAAUACAGAAAGAUCAAUAGAAGACCAAUUCUCCAAGCUACAUCCUUCUUUGCCAGAAAACACCAGAAUUGGAAUAGUCGGUGCCGGUCCUAGUGGCUUAUCAGCAGCUUAUGCAUUAACCAGACUUGGUUAUAAGAAUGUUACAGUUUUGGAGAAACAUCACACAGUUGGUGGCAUGUGUGAAUCAGUAGAAAUUGAAGGAAAAGUUUAUGAUUUAGGAGGACAAGUUCUAGCUGCAAGCAGUGCACCAGUCAUCUUUCACUUGGCAAAAGAGACAGGUUCUGCAUUAGAAGAAAUGGAUUCCCAUAAGCUUGCUGUUGUUGACCCUUCAUCAGGAGAAUAUCAAGAUAUUAAAGUUGCUGAUGAUUAUGUAUCUGUUAUGUCACUUACAUUGCAAAUACAAGAAAAAGUGAAGAAUUGUGGUCGUAUCGGUAUCCAUGCUGUUAGCGAGAUUGCUUCAGACUUAACUCCAGAGUAUCUACAGUGUCAUGGACUCAAAUCCAUUCCCAAAUCUGUAGCUUAUGGUUACACUGCUUCAGGAUAUGGAUUUGUUCAAGACAUGCCUUAUGCCUACCUUCAUGAAUUUACUAGAACAUCAAUGGCCGGAAAAAUUCGACGAUUUAAAGGUGGAUAUACAAGUCUUUGGCAGAAGAUUGCUGAAUCACUUCCUUUGAGACUUCUCUGUAACACUGAAGUACUGGCAAUCAAUCGGAACUCUGAUACUGUCAUGGUUGAUGUUAAGAGACUAAACGUAGUUGAAACAUUGGAAUUUGAUAAGAUCAUAAUUUCUGGUUCAUUUCCAUUAAAAUAUGCAAAAACUUACCGAUCGCCUUCUACUUGUAUAGAAAGCGAAAAGGGAGUAAUGGAUGCAAGUGAUCUUGAAAAGGAUUUAUUCAGCAAAGUCGAGACAAAUGACUACUACACUACUGUUUUAAAGAUCAAAGGGCUUGAACACUUUCCUAUUGGAUUUUAUUAUUUUAGUAAAUAUAUGGAAGAUCCCAGCACAAUAGGAAAUCCAGUUGCAAUGCAGAAAUUUUAUGCUGACAGUAAUAUAUUCUUGUUCUGGUCCUAUGGCAACUCUGUUGAUAUUAAGGGACCAACCGUCAAAGAUCUUGCAGUGAAGACAGUCGAAGCCAUGGGAGGAGAAGUUGAGAGUUUCAUUCUUCAACGUUGCUUCAAGUAUUUUCCUCAUGUUAGCAGCCAAGAUAUGAAAGAUGGAUUCUAUGAAAAGUUGGAAUCAGAACUUCAAGGUUCAAGGAAUACUUAUUAUGUUGGUGGGCUUAUGGCAUUUGAGCUUACAGAGAGGAACUCAUCUUAUGCAAUGGCUCUAGUUUGCAAGAACUUUGCUAAUAGCAAUGAAUUUCCAACAUUUCCUUACACUAAGAAUUUGUUUCCCUUGCAAACUGAGAGCCAAAAGAAGAACCCUAAAGAAUUAGGUGAAUUGCCAGAAGUACAAUGCCCUAAUUUGCCUACUUUGAAUAGCUACUUAAAGUACUGGGGGACUCAUCCAAUCACUCAAAAUAGGACUCUUUACACAUGGAUUAAUGAUGAAGGGAAUCCGGUGUGCCGCAGGACCUACAGAGAACAACAUUUUAAUUCUUCUUGCAUUGCUCAUAAGCUCUUGACAAGCCAAAUAUCGGUUAUCAAGCCUGGUGACAGAGUUCUCCUGGUAUAUGUCCCCGGUUUAGAUUUUAUCGAUGCCUUCUUUGGAUGCCUAAGAGCUAAAAUCUUACCUGUUCCAAUUAUUCCCCCGGAUCCCAUGCAAAAAAGUGGACAAGCACUGAUGAAAAUUGAAAACAUUGCCAAGUCAUGCGGCAUUGUGGCAAUUUUGUCAACAAUAGCUUAUCACUCAGCCGUCCGUGCUGGUUCAUUGAAAAAUUUAAUUUCACUAACACGAAAAAAUGGGAAGUCAUCCGCUCGGUGGCCGAAUCUUCCGUGGCUGCACACUGAUACCUGGGUCAAGAAUUCCAAGAACAUUGCAUUGGAGCAUCUUGAUGAUCAAUGUGAACCACAACCUGAUGAUACGUGUUUCUUGCAAUUUACCUCAGGAUCAACUGGUGAUGCUAAAGGUGUCAUGAUCUCUCAUGGUGGAUUAAUUCACAAUGUGAAGUUGAUGCAAAGAAGAUACAAAAGUACCUCAAGGACUAAACUAGUAAGUUGGCUUCCUCAGUAUCAUGACAUGGGGCUGAUUGGCGGACUUUUCACAUCGCUUGUUAGCGGUGGAACAGCAAUUUUAUUUUCACCAAUGACGUUUAUCAAGAAACCAAUCUUAUGGCUUGAAAUCAUCAGCAAGUAUCAAGCAACUCAUAGUGCCGGCCCUAACUUCGCCUUUGAGUUACUAAUUCGAAGAUUGGAGGCUGACAAGGAUAAGAUUCAGAACUUAGACCUUUCGUCCUUGGUUUUUCUUAUGGUUGCUGCUGAACCGGUGAGACAGAAGACACUGAAAAGAUUCAUUGAGCUAACCACUCCUCUCGGUUUAUCUCAAAAGGUGAUGGCUCCAGGAUACGGAUUGGCAGAAAAUUGUGUGUUUGUCAGCUGUGCAUUUGGAGAAGGUCAGCCUAUCAUUGUUGAUUGGCAGGGAAGAGUUUGCUGCGGGUAUGUUCAUCCAGAGGAUACAGAUAUUGACAUUAGAAUAGUUGAUCCAGACACUUGCGAAGAACUUCACGUAGACGGAAAGGAGGGAGAAAUCUGGAUUAGUAGUCCAAGUGCAGGAGUAGGAUACUGGGGAAGGGAAGAGUUGAGUCAGAAAACAUUCAGGAAUGGACUAGCAAAUCGUCCCGGAAGUAACUACACGAGAACUGGAGACUUGGGACGAAUAAUAGAUCAGAAGCUAUUCAUCACAGGAAGAAUCAAGGAUCUUAUCAUUGUUGCUGGAAGAAACAUAUACUCUUCUGAUGUGGAAAAGACGAUUGAGACUUCAUCUGAAUUUCUUCGUCCUGGAUGCUGUGCUGUCAUUGGUGUCCCUGAGGAAAUUCUAUCAGCAAAGGGGAUUUCCAUUCCUGAAGGUUCUGAUCAGGUUGCCUUGGUUGUCAUUGCAGAAGUAAGGGAUGGUAAACCAGUUAGCAAAGAUGUGAUUGAGAACAUUAAGGCGCGUGUGGCAGAAGAACAUGGCGUCAGUCUUGCUUCUGUCAAGUUGAUCAAGCCCAGAACCAUCAGCAAAACAACAUCAGGAAAGAUCAAGAGAUUUGAAUGUAUCAAACAAUUUACCGAUGAGACCCUUAACUUGGUACCUUUAGGUACAAAACCUAUGCUGACAAAGAAAUCAUUGGUGUGGUCAUUUACUACUAUGGCAACAUGCAGAGAAGAAAAACCAGUUCGGCUCCAGCUUGCAAGAUGUUCAUCUGUACCUAGUAAAAGGAUCAAUAAAAGUGACAUUUUAGAGUUUUUGAAAGUGCUUAUUUCUGAGCAGACUGGAGUACCAAUCAACAACGUCUCAGUCACCGACAACCUCACAUCCUAUGGAAUUGACUCAAUUGGGGUGGUUAAAGCAACUCAAAAGCUCUCAGAUUUUCUAGGCACACCAGUUGCAGCAAUAGACGUUUUCACUGCAUCAUGCAUUCUAGAAUUGGCUACCUUCUCUGAGGAUCUUCUGUCAAAGACCCGGCCUCAGCUAGUGCGAAGUGUACCGAUACCUACUAAAAGGGUCAAUAAAAAUGACAUUGUAGAGUUCUUGAAAGGGCUUAUUUCUGAACAGACUGGAGUCGCAAUCAACAAGAUUUCAGUCACAGACAACCUGACAUCCUAUGGAAUCGACUCAAUUGGUGUGGUUAAAGCAACUCAAAAACUCUCAGAUUUCCUUGGAACACCAGUUGCAGCUAUUGAUGUCUUCACUGCAUCCUGCAUUACAGAAUUGGCUAACUUCUCUGAGGAUCUUCUGUCAAAGACUCAGCCUCAGCUUUCAAGCAAUCCGACCGAUGUUCCAGAGGCAGAUAUUGAUUGUACUGAAUCAGCUGCUGAGGUAUCAAAGUCUCGCCAAUGGGGUAGCCGCUUACUUCAAUUCCUGGCUCUUAUUUAUAUCUCUAUCAUGCUUGCCUGGCCUGCUUAUCUAUCCAUCACUGCUUUCUUAAAUUCCAGCAUGUGUGUGAGUAAAUCAGUAGCUGGAGUUCCCUGGUUAAAUUAUAUAAUUUCGCUGAUUUUUGCUCCUCUUGCUUGGAUUCUUUGCAUUGCUUCUACUUGCGUUUGCAUUUCAUUGUUCGGAAGUUCUUUAUUGGGGCCAAACUGUGAACUUGCCUCUGACAUCUCCAUCUAUUCAAUGGAUUUUGUCAAGUGGUGGGCACUAUAUAAGGCUCAAGAAAUUUCCUCUAAAGUUUUGGCAACACACCUCAGAGGAACAGUGUUUCUGAAACACUGGUUUGAGAUGUUUGGUGCAAGAAUUGGAUCCUCGGUUCUACUUGAUACAGUUGACAUCACAGACCCGGCUCUGGUAUCAAUAGGUGAUGAAGUUGUCAUUGCGGAAGGUGUUUUGGUUCAAAGCCAUGAGGUAAAGAAUGGAAUUUUAAGUCUCCAUCCCAUUAAGAUUGGAAAAUGUUCUUCAAUUGGACCAUAUGCUGUUGUUCAAAAAGGAAGUGUUGUUGGAGAAAGUGUUGAAGUACAGGCCUUGCAAAAGGUUGGAGGAGGCGAGCAUGUGCUAAAGCCAGAUAAGUUUAAUAAUAUUGAUAAGAAUGCAGAUCUUCCAAUUAUUAACAGCAAAACUCAAUAUGAUGCCAUCUACCACUUUAUUGGUAUCUAUUUUGUUGGCUUUCUCAGCUCCCUUGCUGCAGCCAUUGCAUACUUCUUAUAUAUCAAAUUCUCCAAGCAACCUCCAUCACUCCAACAAUUUUCAUUUGUUUGCAUAUGUGGUGCUUUUCACUGGAUCCCGUUUACUGUCAUUGCAUAUGCUACAAUGUUUUCUGAUGUCCCAUCAAAUCCUAUAACCUUUGCAAUGACAUUUACCAGCGCCUACUUGCUUCAUGGUCUCGUACUCAUCACUAUCACCGCUGUUUUUUCUCGUCUCCUCAUAUGUAAUCAAAACAAAACCGAAUCCAUAACCUGGUUUCGACAUCAAAUGAACAUUUCCUGCCACCUUAGAUGUGCAAAGCUUCUCUCAGGAACAGAAGCCUUCUGCAUAUACUUACGCCUUUUGGGAGCAAAAAUUGGCAAACACUGUUCCAUUAGAGCCAUCAACCCAGUUUCAAAUCCAGAGUUAAUGUCAAUUGGUGCCGGUGUCCAUCUCGGUGACUUUAGCAAAAUAAUUACAGGGUUUCAUUCUUCCAACGGAUAUGCUAGCGGAAAAAUCGAAGUUCAAGACAACUCAGUCAUCGGAAGUCAAAGCCUAAUUCUCCCCUGUUCUCUCAUCCAAAAGAAUGUGAUCCUUGGUGCACUUUCAUUAGCUCCAAUGAACUCUAUACUCCAAGAGGGUGGUUUAUACAUAGGAUCACAAUCCCAUGUAAGUAAUUUAACUGCACCAUUACACAAACAAGACUCACAAAAAGUAACCUUGACAUUAACAAGGACAUGGUAUCAAACCUUCACAUCACUCUUCAUUCAGCCAUUUCUACAAACAGCUUUACCGCAUAUCUUAUUAGCUUUAUCAAUUUAUCCUCCUUUGAACUUAAUUUUCCACCUCAAGAAUACCAAAAAAGUUCCAAUCUUUUGGCUACUUCCAAUGUUUUGGAUUCUCUCAGGAAUUUUAGCUGCAUUAACAUGUGUUAUAGCCAAAUGGGUCCUUAUUGGAAGAAAGAAAAAAGGUGAAAAAAUUCCUAUAUGGAGUAAAAGUAUAAUCUUUGAUAGUACAUGGCAAGCAAUAAGAACAUUAAUUGGUGAUUAUUUCAUGGAAAUGACAUGUGGGUCAUUUAUGUUUGUGUUAUGGAUGAAAAUGAUGGGUGUUGAUGUAAACAUAGGUGAUGAUGAUGUUUAUGUUGAUAGUAUGGGAACAUUGUUGAAUCCUGAGAUGGUGAAAAUUGAAAAAGGUGGUUGUGUUGGAAAAGAAGCAUUGUUGUUUGGACAUAUAUAUGAAGGUGAUGAAGGUGGAAUGGUUAAGUUUGGAGAGAUUAAGAUUGGUGAAAAUGGAUUUGUUGGAAGUAGAGCUGUUGUUAUGCCUGGUGUUGUUUUGGAGAAUGAGGCUAAUGUUGGUGCUUUGUCACUUGUAAUGAAAGAAGAAAUUGUUAGGUCAAGGUGAAAAUGUUGUUUAUUAGUGUUUUGUUUAAGCUUGUGGUUGGUAUCACGUUUGAUAGGCCUGAAUAUGGUGAUAUAGUGUAAUUUUUCAAAAGUUAUACAGUGUAGUUUCUAUGAAAUCAUGGGGGAGUGCCGUGAUUCAGACAUAUCUAUCGUAAUAUCAAAUAUAGACUCUAGUGUGUUGUGAUGAAUGAUUAGGGGUUUAGUAGAAAAUUAAAUAAAUUUACCAUAGACUAUACUGUGAAAUUCUACUCAAAUUCCACAUGUAUGCUCAUAUAUAUUGUUAGUGUGUGACUAUAAUAUGAGCAUGUUUGUUUCAGAUUUUUCACCAAAAAAGUUUAUUUUUUUUAUAAAAAAAUUUAUUUUUUUAUCUUACUUGUGUUUGUUUCAAAUUUUUUCAAAAAUCAUUUUAGUAAAAAAAUCAUUUUUUUCAUCAAAAUGAGAAUCUAUUUUCAAUAACUUUUAUCAAAAUAUAUUUUUUUUUAUAUUCAUCAUCUCUCAGUCUCACCAUCUUAAAAAAAUAGAUUUUAAUGAUUGUAAACAAACGACAAAUAGCUUUAUAUUUUUUUCAAAAUUUCUAAAAAAAUGAUUUUCUUUAAAAUGAUUUUUUUUCAAAAAAAAUCAUUUUUUUUAAAAAUCUUAAACAAACAGACCCUAUAUAAAUGAAUGUGUAUAAAUAUUUUGCAAUAAAUUGUUUAUAUCAGUAAUCCUUCAAAGGUUAACAAACUUUCUCUUGAAUCAAACAAUAAACAAUUACAUCAAGUAAUUGAUUAUCAAUAUGUACUGAUCGGUUACUCUGAAAAAAUAGAAAACUAUUUGUUCUUGUAUUUUCUUUAAGCACAUUUACUACACAACAAACAUACUUCUAAGUAUAACAAAGUGAUUGCAAAAUCAAUACAAAGAUUAUGUAUACUAUUUGGAUCAAUGAUCAAAUCUCAUUUGAUUUGGUGGUUGGACUUACUGAUCUGAUAAUAAAAACAAAUUUGUACAUGGUAAAAGACUUGAUUUACUUAUGGUGUUUGCUCAGGUUAAACUAGCGCGUCAAGACGCAGCACGAGUUUUAUUCCCCCAAC